ACAUUUUAGACUUUUUUUAAUUUACUUAUCUGUGUUGAAUUGAAAUCACUUAUUUUUAGAAGAAUUUCUGUCAAUGACAUGCUGAAAUCUUUUAAAUAAAUUACCACGUGCAGUUCAGUCCCACCAUGUGCUCGCAUUGACAUCAGCAGCAUCCUGGAACGUCAACAGCAGACGCAGAUUCAUACCUGGAGCGAAACAUGUAGACGUGGAAGUCUACUGAAAAAGCGGCAAUAUGUGAUGACUUGGGAUGAGGACGCGACACAAGCUACUGAAAUCCGGAAAAAAUCAGAUUUCAAAAUGAACCAACUCAAACUCCUCGAUAGCAAGCAGCAUUUCUUCUUCUUCUUCAUCUUCAUGUUGUCUCCGCUGCGCUGCGUCCGAGCCUUACCGAGGACGGACCCUCCCAUCCACCCCGGCCACCCCUUCCUGUUCAUGUGGAACGCCCCGACCGAGCUGUGCGACAUCCGCUUCGGCAUGCCGCUCGACCUCUCCUACUUCCACUUCGUCAGCAGCACGCUGAGGUCGGCGACCGACCAGAGCAUCUCCAUAUUCUACACCGACCGCUUCGGGAUCUUCCCCUACGUGGACGAGGACACCGGCGAGAUGUACGACGAGGGCCUGCCGCAGCUGAUAGACCUGCAGGAGCACCACGAGCUGGCCGAGGAUGACAUCGAGUACUACAUCCCUUCAGACCGCCCGGGGCUCGCCGUGCUCGACUUUGAGGAGUGGAGGCCGCAGUGGGUCAGAAACUGGGGCAGCAAAGACAUCUACAGAGAGAUUUCCAUCGAAACGGUAAAGAAGAAGAACCCGGCGCUGUCUGACGACGAGGCCGAAGAUCGGGCCAAGAUCGUGUUCGAACGCGCAGCCAAGAGGUACUUUCUCCGAUCCAUCCGCAUCGGCAAACGGCUGCGGCCCAACAGACUGUGGGGUUACUACCUCUACCCCGACUGCUACAACUACGACUACAACCAGGACAUGGCGGGCUUCACCGGAGAGUGUCCCGCCAUCGAGAAGGACAGGAACGACGAGCUGAUGUGGCUCUGGAAAGAUUCCACGGCGCUCUUUCCGUCCAUCUACCUGGAGGUGGUGCUCAGAGACUCCCAGCAGGCCCGGCAGUUUGUUCGCCAUCGCAUCCAGGAGGCCAUGAGAGUGUCGACGCUCCCCAACAGCUCCUACUCCAUCCCCGUCUACGCCUACAUCCGCCCCGUGUACAAGGACAGCGUGGACGAGUACAUGUCAGAGUUCGAUUUGGUGAACACCAUCGGAGAAGCUGCUGCUCUCGGCGCCGCCGGUGUCGUUUCCUGGGGAGACAUGAACGUCACCGACACAGAGGACUCCUGCUUCGACGCUCGACGCCACCUGGAGCACGUCAUGAACCCGUACAUCGUGAACGUCACCACAGCAACACGUCUCUGCAGCGAGGCGCUCUGCCAAGGCCAAGGUCGCUGCGUGAGGAAGCAGUGGGACGACGACGUCUUCCUCCAUCUUGACCCGCGCCGUUACCGCAUCAAGCCACAACGUGGCGGCCCGCUGAUUGUGAGCGGCGGUCUGUCGCAGGAUGACAUCAACUGGUUCGACCGCAACUUUGACUGCAUGUGCUACAGCGAGACGGCGUGUCGAUCGGUCCUGACGUUCAACGUCAUUAACCAGGCCUUCGUCACAACGGGGAGUGGAGGUGCUGACAGGCCCCGCCCCCUCCUGCUGGUGACCACGCUGCUCUGUUUGAAGUACGUCGUGAUGUGGAUGUAAAUUAAUAACACAAAGACGACACCUGUGACUCGCGUGUGGUCACAGUUAAAGGACGAUUCCACUGUUAUUUUCUUAUUUUAUAUAUUAUCAUUAUUUCUGACUGUUUGUUCCUGUGUUUGCAAUAAAGUUGUUUUUAAUUAGUUUA